GCGGCGGGCGCGGCCCCCUCGUCGGGCGCCGACAGGGCUGCUUGCGCGGCAUGAGUGACCGCGUUGGCGUGUGAUGGACUGGCCGCGGGGCAGGCAACGCGACUGAGCCAGAGAGCGUCGCACAGCAUGGCGGACGGUGCGGGCCAGCAGCCCGACGAGCCGGCGGCGUCGCCCGCUCACGAGGCCGGCUCGCCGCUGCGGCCGGCGCGCGACGACGAAGAGCUGCUCGACGUGGUGAGCACGGCAUCGCUGGACGGCGCUGACUUCUCCGAGGACGAAGAGUACUUUCGGCCCAUCAAGCGGCUCUGCAUGCUGGAGGCGCCGGCGAACCCGUCGCCCAAGCCGCUCACCUCCUUCUUUAUCAAGGACAUCCUGAGCCACAAGCCUGCACGCCGUGCGUCCGGCAUUGUGCGGCCCUGGGACCUCGAGUCGGCGAGCCCCGGCCGGCGACGGCCGCGCUCGACCGACGAGGACUCGCGCUCCGAGAGCGACUCUGCCGACAGCCCGGCGGCGCCGCAGCAGCACAGCUCCACGUCGCCGCUGGAUGCACUCUUCGAAAUGACGAGCAAGGCCUUCGAGGGGCUCGAGUCCGGAGACCGCACGGCCGAAUCCUCUCGGGAGAACGGCGGCUCCUUCAACGGCCGGCAGCCAGUAAAAAAGAAGCGGAAGUCGCGAACGGCGUUCACCAACCACCAGAUCUUCGAGCUGGAGAAAAGGUUCCUCUACCAGAAAUACCUGUCACCCGCCGAUAGGGACGAGAUCGCGCAGUCGCUGGGGCUCACAAACGCCCAAGUGAUCACAUGGUUCCAGAACCGGCGCGCGAAACUCAAACGGGACAUGGAAGAGCUCAAAAAGGACAUGGAUGCUGCCAAGAUCCACACCAUUCACAAGACCCUCCUGGAUAACAUACAAGAUCUCAGCAGUUUCAAGAAGGACAUCCACAAGGCUGCGAGCGGACCGUGAGCCCAGUGCCGCGGUCUUCUCGGAAAGUCCAAAAAAAGUUCUCACAAGAACUGUCGAUACCUUCUAUGGGUUCCAUGUGCAGAGACAGCCUUUCUACGGGUAACUCGUCGGACAGUGCGUUGGCGACGCCGCCGUCGCCAUUGCUUUGCCAUCUUGUGGUAUGGUCCGCUUCUUCUUCGCGGCGGGCCACAAGGUGCGCACAACACGUACACACACACACACACACACGCUAUAGCCACCACGCGAACCCGCGAACUGUGCGCUUGGUGUGUUCUCUGAAUGCCAUGUAUGCCUCCCCUCUUUCCUUCGCCACCAUCUACGCCAGAGGGAGCCACUCUCUCGCGCUCCUCGUAUACGUAAGAGACACUGGCCUGCGAAGUGGCCGAGUUCGUGCAGACAAAGUCCUGAGAGUAUUUAUUUACCAUGUAGUAGUUCCCUGUGAAGUACACUUUUCAUUACGAUUGUGCUGGCCGGCUACGAGCGAGCCUACCACAACGAGCUGUUAUUUUGCAGUUUUAAGUUUGAUUACGGAUGUAAGAAAAAAAAAUGGUCAUAUUGUUUCCUACGUACCUCAUGACCAUUUGAUGCAGCUUGGCAGCAUAUUACCUAUUAAAAAGCGAAAUACUGAAUUCUCGGCGCGGAAAAAAGAAACUGAGUUUCUGGAUUUGCCUCUAUGCUAUUCAUUUAUAUGGCUUCAAGAACCAAACGCCGUCAGGCGCGCGAACAUUAUCGCGCUGGAGUCGGGUAUCCCUCGUGUAUAAUGGUGCGUCGACUGGGGAGCUCAAUCUUAGAUCACCAAAGGGAUGUUGUAGGGAAGGGGGGGGGGGGGGUGAGGGGCAAUUUAUUUAUGAAUACAUUGGUCGAACCUCCUACUGCUAUUGCUCCGGCGAAAUUGCACCAACUAUCGGCUUGAUACUAUUUUGUUUCAUUUGUUUUAUAUGUAUCAUUGUCCUCCUGCAUUGGUCGUGCAGUGGCAUACAUCGCGGUGUAUCAGUAUUUUAGUGUAGAAUACCGAGGAACAUACUCAAGGUUAGCGGUUUGGAUGUGCGCAUGCAGUUGGAGUGACGCUAUAUUGUUGGAAAACUUGAAAGGCGAAAGCCACAGGGCACACUCCUACCCAGGCCUGAACUAGCUCAUUAACACGUUUAUAGCGGUGGCGAGCUCAUCGGAGAAUCGCAUUUUGUUGUAUAGUCGAUGUUUAGACAGCGACUGAAAACAAUACAAAAUUUGUAAUACCUCGCGCACAUUUUCAAGAAAAGAAAAUUACAUCAGCUUAUCAUCACUCUUGCACUGUAUCCUGAACAGGACGGAACGUUUUCCCUUGGUUGGACAAAACAAGGGCUCGUCUAAAUCAAAUCAUUGCCACAGUGAGCAUGACAAUGGCCAGUUCUUGGUUGCCCUUGCUGUAUCUCUUGGCAGCACUAUUUAACGCAAUGACUCCUUUUUUAAUAUUAAAAAGAAAGGCGAAUCCAUGACAUUUAGGUUCUAGGCGCAUUCUGUUGAUCGUAUAGGUAAACUCGAUAAAUAGUGCCGUUGGUACAUAUGCCUAGUAAAGUAUUGUGCGUGGAAACGCCUCGGCAGCUCGGUCACCACGACAAUCCAGCCGCUGCUUUGUGUGCAGUCCACUCGGUCCUGCACUUCACGACGAAGGAAACGCUCCCGCUACUACAGCGCAGAGCUCGCACACUGCAGGAUGCGUGUCAUGAUUUCAAAGCGAGCGGAAUAGAGGUCCGGAGGACCCACCAGUCGGUCAGCGGCGACUUCAAUGGCCUGGUCAACGAGGUCUUCUGCGAGGCAGAGGCCUUCGCCCUGUAUAUACGUAUGCUUAUUCAAGCUGCUGUUAUGUCCCGUGUAAAUAUUUUACAUCCCGCCCAGACAUUUCUUGAAAACUCUACGGGCAUCUUGCGCGAGCACGGCCGCCGGCAGGCCUCGGCUAUGUUGCACUGUAUGCGCGAAAUAUUUGCCCCUUUCUGUGUCGUUUUCUUUUGUCUCAUAACUUCCUUGGCUUUGUUUACCUUGGUACACCAGCACAAAGAAACAGAAAGGCAACAACGUGUUUAUAGCAAGAAUGUUUGUAUCUUAAGCUUUUUUUUUCUGCCGUGGUCUGAUUAUUUAAACUUUCCUAAAAUAUUUCUGAGUGCGGUGGAUACAAAACCCCGGUUUGUGGCAUCCGUUCGAGGUGUCUGCCUGCUUCGUCAAAAAUUGCUUUAGCAAGAGUAUUGUUCUCGGUGCUUACUACAUGCACAGCGCUUAUAUUUAUUUUCCAUUGCGCGAAUCCGCAUUCUUGGCGCAAUAAUAGCACGAGACAAUAUCGUCAACGAAAAUACACAGCCUUCACAAAAGCCUCCUCAGCAUGUACAGGUAUGUGCGGUAGCAAAUGCCACUUACGCUGGAGAAAUUCGCGAGCAUGUGAAAACUGUCUCCGCAUCAGAGAACGCGUCCAGCGGCUAGUGAAGCUCACUUACGGCCUUCGCGGUGUACGAGGACAUCACAGGCCAGCUUUAUACGGUGUAUAUGCUCAUUUCACUCCUUUAGCCAUGCGGAUGCGUAUGGGCUUCUUGUUGAUGGGAUCAUUUCUUGUGGUUAAAAUAAAACGUGGAACAGCAGUGAAAGCGCUAAUUAGUGCAGUGCAAGCGUUCCAGAAUCAACGACCACAAAACGCACAUCUUCGCCUCAUACAACGCAGUUUGAAUAGAGGACGAGGAAGUUGCACGCGGUUACAAAAUAGCCACAGUCUGAAAGGUGCGAUACGCAAACGACGAAGAAAUUCUCAUGUUUUCCUACCACGUUUUUGUUAUCUUUUUUCGUCACCACCUAUUUAUUGCGUCUGUCACGCUACAAAGGUGCGCACUGCCGGUGUUGCUUUUCUAGACACUUGAUUUCAUAUUGCUCUUCGCAGGCGCACACUUGACGCGAUCACACGCGAGUAGCGAAGCAUUACCUUUUAGUUCGGGUGGCAACAUUCUCGAACGGCUGUCAUAAGAAAACACUCCUGUUGGGUCAAUGCCUGACGGGAACGAUUUUACGGGGGGAAAAGUGCAGCGAACCCACGUGGCUUGCACUUUCUCAUUCUUCGGCACGAAAAGCGACAAACGCGCAGCGCGAACGACUCCGAAAAUUGCUCCCGAAGCGGCCUCGUUCACACAACCAACCAGGUCGCUUCGUCAACCCGAACAACUAGCAGGCAUCUUCAAAUGUACUUUCCGUUGAAUAAGUUCCUUUUCUCUCUUUCUUUCUCUCUCUCUUGUUUGUUUCUCAGCGAAGGAAACGUUGGCUCACACCAAAUAAACCAGGCCUACCGUACAGGUCUUGUAGCGACUGAUCCGUAUACUUUGGAACGCAUUAUACACAUUGUACAUAUAGCGAGCAGCCUGUCUUGUUGUGCAGAGUUUACGUCUUUGCUGCGAAAGUAUACACUGUGUCGUGUCUUUGCGUGUUGUUACGUGUGAGAUCCCAGCCUAUGUCACCAAGUCCUUUCUGUCUCUCUGCUUUUUUAUUUUAUUUUUUGCCCCUGCAGUGAAGCCGUGCGACAGUGGUGGUAAAUGCGUUAAUGAACAAUCACGGCUCUGCUGGGUUGUGUUGCAGAAAAAAAAAGAGAAAAAAAAAGAAAGGAAGGAACAUUGCCAUUUAUUUUCUACUCCACACUAGUUGAGCGACAAUGCACAGGCAUCUGCCAGCAGUGCGAAAUUGACAACGUGAAAUGCGCACGGACCACCUGCAUCCAGGCUUUAUUUACUUUGUUCUCGUUAGCUGGUGAACAUGCAUUACAAGAACACCGGUUCACCCAAGCGACGUUUAUCUUCUCUCGGCUCACAUCUGUGCUUCAGCCAAAGCACGAAACAACUUAGUCUACUUCGCGUUGAACUUACAAAACCACUGUUGUUCGGGCUUCUUUUAUAUAUUGUAAGUAGUUCCUAUUUAAGUACACGACAAAAUCUAAAUGUUUAUUAUUACUUGCAUAUUCAAUGUUUUGUUAAUGCUGUGAAAUAUUGGUAUCUGUACGCAUCACUGAACAAUCCUGUGAUAAUUCUUAUUGUUUCGAGAGACGUUGUAGCAUUCAUGCCUGAAUGAACAAUGCGUAUAACAAUAAAAUCUGAAUUUAUCCACCGUG